AUGCUGCAGUAUUUGCAUCCAGCUUACGCACCUCAGAUGGCUAUGUACCAGUUAGCGACCGAGGCUUCCCAGAGCGGCAUGGAUAGUCUGGAGAAGGUGGACGAAUCCAGACCGUCUGCUAUACCAAACGAGUCCGAGCCGGAGGCUCUUUUGCUGCGUCACCAGGACUCGGAGAAGGUCGUCUGCUACGACCCGUCCGUCUGGUUGUCGACUGGCCCAUUUCGCCGGUCGAUGCUUCCCAGAGAGGCGGAAUAG